UGAGUUUUGAGUCAUGGCUGAACCAAACAAUAACAAUGUACUGCUUUCCCCUGUGGAUGAAUCGAAUAAUAACAAUGUACUGCCACCGCCGGUGAAGAAAACCAAAGGCCGAAGAAGGGUGGAAAUCAAGAAGGUGGAAGCAGCCAGCAACCGCCAUGUCACCUUCUCGAAGCGCAAGAAGGGCCUUUUCAACAAGGCAGCCGAACUGAGCCUCUUGACCGGCGCAGAAACCGCAGCGAUAGUAGUCUCCGGCAAUGGCAGGAUGUUCGGUUUCGGCAGCUCCAGUUGCGACGCCGUCAUCCACCGUUACCUUGCAGAGAGCAACCCUCAAGCAGCAAGAGAGCCGGAUCGUCGCAACAAAAACGACGCCGUGAACUCGGCCAAUUUGGCAAAGCUGAGGCAGCAGUUAUUAGAGGCCCGGAGGCAGCUGGAGGAGGAGAAGAAGCUGGCGGUGAUGAUACAGCAGAGGAAACAGGUGGCGGCAGUGGCAGGACCUGCCGAGUUGUGGUGGGAGGAGGAGAUGAUAGAUCAAAAUCCGAAGGAGUUGGAGAGUUACUCUGAGGCGUUGCAUAGGCUGAAGAGUGAUGUGGAGAGGAGAGCUCAGCAGAAGAUUAUGAAUCUUCCAUGCCGCUAUACGUCGCUAAUGGAUGGUAGAGUUGUCAUGGGUGAGAAUUUUAUGAACAAUAAUAAUACCAAUAUGAACAAUAUGUAGCUGGAUUGUCAUAGUCCUGACUCCUGACUUUGUUACUCUUUCGUCAUUCAUGAACGUGAAUAUA